AUGCCAUCAAACCGACUAAUCCCCCUCUUAAUCCUAUUCAUCGUCGUCGCCUUUCUGGCAGUCAUCCUCUUCGUGACGUGGAGUAUCAUGAUGGCCGUCAAGAUGCAGACGAAGCAGGAAAUGGAGAAGAAAAACGUGAUGAUGUCACGGGACGGGUUGAAGGUUGGUAUCAAGGAGUUGAAUGAUGAGAAGUACAAGGAUAUCAGUCAGAGUGUCCUGGUCAACAUCUGGAAUCACAGCACAUUCCCCGCAUACAAGCGAAGGUGGUGGAACAAUGGAUUCAGCAACAACAACAACAACAGCGGGAACGGGAAGUAA